GAAAGGGUUGUGUUAGGAGGUAUGUGAUAGGGGUCGCUGUGAGUUGGCCGGCUACCUGACAGCCCUACAGGACAUGUGCCUGCAUUGCAGACAGAGCGAUUCAACUUCCUGUGCACUGCUGCUUCCAGUCCCCGAGCCUGAGCACCGCAGCAGCAGCAUGACUCCCGAGCACGAGCUGGAGAGUGAGGACGAUGAUGCGCCCGAGGAGGUCACGUUCCAGAGCGCCAGGGUCGGCGCGGAGGAGAAUGCCCGUUUGAGGCGGGAGGCGGCUAACAGAGACAAGGCCUUACUGAAAGAGAAGAGGAAACGCAAGAUAGAGCUGUUUAAGGAGCAAAAGAAAAACAAACUGCUAUCUGAUGAUAUCCUUCACACGGUCUCCUCUCUGCCAGACAAACAGGAACAACCAUCUGAACAUAUUGAUGAUGAACAUGAUGCAGGUGAUGGUGAUCAGGCGUAUCAUGUGAAGAACAAAGCUGCCAAGAAGUUACAUCCACGAAAAAGACUGAAACACAACUACAAGGUACUGCACCUGAACGAUUGCAGUACAAUAGGUAUACAGCAGAGAAAAGCCAAAGCGUUUAUCCGGAACAAGCUGUAUGGAAAGAGCAUACACAGGACAACAGCUAAUGAAUUUCUUUCAGUGUCGCGAAAAAAAAGUUUAAUUAAAAAGCCAGCAGCUCAAUUUACUGACAACACUUGGGCUGAUGAAGAGAAAAAGAGAGCUGCAAAGUUCAAACUGGUAUGGGCAAGCAACCAGAAGCUGUGACGUUGCCAAUAACAAUGGUUUGGCUGAAGCUGGACAUUGUAACGUUCUGUGUACAGUCCUCUGACAUGAUGUCUAGAACACGGGAGAGCAGACUGUUUCUAGUUCAGGGCGUGAUUUCCCAGACUCCUCCAUAAACCGUAUACUGCACAAGUGGAUCUUACACUAUGAAGUAAUCAUCAAAGAGCCACCAAACCUAAAUGCUGCUGACAUUUACAAGUUUCAGCAGCUUGGCAGAACUAAAGAAAUUAGAUAACAUUGUUGUUGGGGUAGGGAGUAGUUCUUGUCUCUGUAGCAGUCUGCCUGUCAGUAACAUUACAAAUGAACUAGCAGACGGACACUAUUUGCAGACAAUAUCUGAGAACCACAUUGCACAGCAAACAUGUAGAAAUAGCCUGUGAGAAACUUUUAUACAAGAAUAUUAAUCCAAAAUCUAUAUAACCGUUCCUGACGGUUUACUGGCCCUUUAGAGAAACACUUGCCUUCUUUAUUUGAUAAAAUCCAGCAGCUGACUGGAGACUGGCUGCAAAACCAGACAGUGGCAUACAGUACAUCCUGUAUGUGGUUGAUGGCUGCCGGCUGGAUGCUGCAAAGAAGAGUCCCACGGGGAGUUGCCUCCCUCUGAAUACGUUUGUUGGUAGGGGGGGACACCCCCAUUUUUAUAAAUGGGCUCAUUGGUGAUCCACUGUUUGGUGUAGCUGCAGUCAGUUUUGAGAAGCUGGUACACAGAAUCUGCAUGACCAAUAUUUAUAAUAUAUUAGUUUUCUGUGAAAUCUAUGUUCCCAUAAUGUACAUAAGCCUGAACAAACAUUUUGUUUUUAUAUAUAAAAAUAAAAACCAUUGGGUAAA